AUGAAGGAACAUAAGGAUGGAAUUUAUUAAGGAGGAUUCAAUGCAAAAUAACAAAAACAUGGGCUUGGAAUAUACUUAUGGGAUGUAGGUUCUGCCUAUUAUGGAGAGUGGAAAAACGAUUUGAUUGAUGGAUAGGGAAUCUUGUUCUUAGGUGGAUAGAUUAUCAUUUAAGGAGGUUUCAGCAAAGGAGCUGCUCAUGGAUAUAUUGUAAUCAAGGUUGGAACUAGAGUGUUUUAUAGUUAAUUCGAUAAAGGAGAGGCUAUUUUCAUUUAAGAAGGAGAAAGAAAAAUCACCAUACAAUCAUCAAGUGCUUAUAUAACUCAUGAUUGUACACAUGAAGCUGAUUGUAUAUUAUAGGGAAUAAGUAAACUACAAAAAGGAGAUUUAUAAAUAUAGUUGUUUAAUCAUUGUAUUUAUUAUGGAAAUGUUGGAAAGGCAAAUUUACCUAAUGGUUUGGGAAUAGAGAUUUCAAAUUUGUUUUAUUAAUGUGGAUAAUUUGUGGAGGGAAAAUUGAAUGGUUUGGGUCGUUUAGAUUAAUAAGAUGAGAUUUAUUAGGGCUAAUUCCAAAAAGGUAUAUAUCAUGGAAAUGGGUUGAUGGUAUUCAAAGAUUAAAGAAUUUAAUGGGUCAAAGGGAUAUAUAAUCAUGGACAGUUAGUGGAGAUUAAGGGCAGUGGUUAUCUAGACUAAAUGGAAACUCCACAAGAAUUAGUUUGUAAUUCAUCAUUAUUAUAUCUUUGUUAGUUAAAUUUUGUAAGAAAGCUAAUUAAUAAUAUAUCGUAAUUCCUAUAUCGAAGGAGAUUAUAUUGGGAUAUAUUAGAUUAUUUGAAGUGAUGCAAUUCGUUAGACUUCGUGUGAACACUUUAACUGAUAUCAAGUACUAAUAAUAGCCUUCUGUGAGGAAAUAUAGUACAAAUACCAAUAAUCUAAGUAAAUCUGUAGAAGAAAUAAGGAAAUUGUAAAGUUAAUUUAAUACAAGAAAUCUUGAUUAACAAAAUUAGAUUUAUGAAAUCAUAUUGGAUUAGCACGAUGAAAAUUAGACUUAUAGAAAGACUGAUACUUAAUAAUCAAGAACUAAAACAUAACCUACUGAAGAAUAUUUUGAAAAUAAGAUUUCAUUUGGUUUAUUAGAAAUUCCAAAUCUAAAAAAUUCUAGAAAAACAUUAGGUUAGUAAAAAGAAGAAUAAAAUUUAUAAAUCAAGAAAAAUAAUGAUUAUAUUUAGUAGAGAUCAUAAUCUUAAUUUGAGGUUAAAUAAUAAUACUAAUACUAAUAAUAAUAAUAAUAAUAAUACUAGUAAUAAUAAUAAUAAUAAUAAUAAUAAUAAUAAUAAUAAUAAUAAUAAUAAUAAUAAUAAUAAUAAUAAUAAUAAUAAACUAAUGAUCGUAUGUUAACUUUAAAGAAUAUUUUAGAAGCAUAAUAAUAAAAAUAUAAUUCUGAUUUCAAAUAAAAGAAAACAGUUUUUAAUGAUAUCUAAUCAACUACUGCUUAAAAAACUAAAUAAAUUGUAUAACAAAAUAAUAAAAAUUUAUAAUGCUUAAGUGAGGUUGUUCAAAGAGAAAUAAAUAGAUCUCCUCCUAGUGAAGAAAGACGAUCUACUAUCAAGCCUCUUUAUGUUUAGAAUGAAGAAAAUGAAUAAAAAUAUUUAAGUUCUCAAAAAACUUUACCAAGUAAAUUCAAUAUGGAAUAAACUAAUAUUUAUAAUGAUCAUAACAAUAAAACUAACAGUUUGCUUAAUAAAUUCAAUAGUAUAAAAAUUAAACCAAACAUUAAAUAAGAAACUUAAAACUUUGGAUUUUCAACCAAAUCACUGAGCUCAAAAUAAUCUAUACAAAAAGUUUAAGAUACAAAUGAUUUACCAUUAGGAAACAUAUAAAACUAUAUCUCUUUAGUUUCGCAUAAAAAUAAUACUUAAGUAAGGAAUCUACAAAAUUCAUUCGAAAAAUAAUAAUCAAAAAAAAUGGAUGAUUCAAAUUACCAUUCAUGUAAUGGUAAUUGUACAUAAAUCUAAUCAGAAGAUCCAAAUACUAAGUAUAUCUAAGAAAUUAAAUAAGAAUUAGCAGAAUAAAAAUAAAUGCUUACUUAAUUAUUCUAAUCUCUUUAAUAAAAAUAGCCUUAAAUUAAUAAAUAAUACUUUAAAAGAUUACCUAAUACUCCUCAAAGGAAUAUUUAAAUGUAAUAAUAACCUAAAUAAGUGUAUGUUUAUCCAACAUUCACACUUGUUAAAUCAGUCUCUCCAAUGAGACUUUGA